CACAAAACGCAAAUGCCCUAAUGGCUAAUAUGGAACUGUUCUACUUUGAGCAACAAAGUCAGGCAGGCUGGAGAGCUUUUCCUCGACACCUGAACAACGUAGAGGGCUGCUGCGGCUUCGAGUCCUCCCUUUCCAAAUCGCAACUUGUAUUCCAAGGAAGUGACUCUGACGAGGAGACGAUAUAUGGCGCUGAGGAGGAAGUCGAAUCAGUACCUUGGACAGCAGCCUCGCUGACCAGCCGCCAACUCUGCGACGUGAGCGGUCUGGAUAACCCGCCUGUUAACGGCAAAGGGAGAGACGUUUGCUGUUCAUGUGUUUGCGAAGACGAAAAUGGACUUGACCUCGGCGAUCUACAGCUGGCGGAUAAAGACAAAUACAACUGCUUAUGCGAGAGCAGCACUCCGAGCGAUCUUCAGGAGGUCUUAGCGGAUUUUUCAGACUUGCCCGAGGAUCUCGACUUUGAGGCUCCCGGGGGGAAGUCAACGGAUUACGGUUUCAUAUGUGCAGUCACGUUCUUAGUCACGGGCAUCUCGUUAGUGGUCAUCUCGUACACCAUCCCGCGGGACGUCACCGUCAACCCAGACAGCGUGUCUGCCCGGGAGAUGGAACGUCUGGAGCGGGAGAACGCCCGCGUUGGCGCGCACCUGGACCGGUGUGUCAUAGCGGGACUGUGUCUACUGACCCUCGGCGGAGUGAUACUGUCGACUCUGCUCAUGGUCUCAAUGUGGAAGGGCGAGAUUGCCAGACGUAAGGCGUUUGCGUAUUCACUACAGUCGGCGAAACUUUAUGGCUCUAUGAAUUUCCGCUCAGGUGGCGGGACUCCAUCUGGAUCGUCACCGCGUCUGUCCGUUGACGAGGUGGAGACGGACCUGAACUAACGCCAAAAAAACAGGUCUCUGGAUUUUACUCCGGCACAGUGCCAAAAAGCGAGCUUUUAUCCUCGCCCAGCUUCAAAAACCCAUUGCAACCUUAUUUGUACAAUCUCUAUACCAGCUGUCGUCUCACGGGAUGCUGACAGAGCGCAGAGCCAACGGUUUUCUGUCCUUAUUUUCGUUUUUGUACUAUAUGCUCUCUCUCUCUCUCUCUCUCUCUCUCUCUCUCUCUCUCUCUC